GGCGCCGUAUACCCUCAAGCUGAGAGUGCAUCACAAGGCUAGUUCGAUUCGAACGACAGCGCAGUGUGUAUCGUAUGCGCGCCAAUCAAUCUAAGUUUCUCGUCAUAGCUUGUGUGCAUCGUGGAAAAAAUCUUUUUCGUCAAGUCCUCCCAGCCAUUGUUGUUGCUAUUUUUUUUGUAAUCAAUAUCUUUUGCUGUAUUCGACAAGAGCAAAAAAAGCAGUGAAAUUCUCUGUUGUCUGUACGGUGUGUACGCACAUGAUAAAAUAGUGAGAAAUUUAGUGAAAAUAUUCGGUUAGUUAAAACAAAAUUAGUGGCGCAUUAUUGCACCUCCAGCAUCGUUCCAUCACAUUCUCACCUUUCAACAGCGGGUUGCUCACCAAAUUUCGAUUGAUGCCACACAUUUUUUUUGGAUAUCCAUCGUUAUUGAUACGUUCCAUUGUUCACCACCCUUUGGUCAAUAUCACAUCAUAAUCGGAUCGGAUCGUAACCGAGCAGUUUCAACUCAUCACAUUAUAAAAUACUUAAAAACCACAUAAAAAAACGUAUUUGUUCAGAACAACUCGUUGAAGUAUACGAUCAAAAAUGAAGCAAAUGGUGUAAACAAAUCGAAAAUCAGUUGCACGUGUUCCGAUUUCCAUUCUUAUUGCCAUUAUUAUUCAGAAACAGUGAGAAAUUAAUUUAGGUUCCGGCAAAAAAAACCAUGCACAUACUUCAUUGUUUUAUAAACUGGGCAACAAAUACCGUUUCCUCUAAUUUAGCCAGAGUGCGUGUGUGUAGAAAAUCAUAUCCAUACAUGUGAACAAUUUCCGAAGGUUUCGAUUGUAGGACCAAAACUUGAACAUUUUAUUACAUGGAAUAAAGUUGUCAGAGAUAAAGGAAAAUAUGGUGUACCUUUAGUAGAACAAUGUUUUUUUUCGAAAACAAUAACAAAAAUACAAAAAGUGCUUUAUAACAAGUCUAUCCAGUCUCAAUUGAUUGGUUAGUUUGAACAAACGUUUGCAUAUGAGAUGAAUUAAUAAAACUGUGAUUGAUCAAACAUCGAAUCGCAUUGAAAAUAAGGAGAAAACCGAACAGGACACACUCAUCGUAUGAAUUUUAAAAACGAGUGAAUCAGACAUUGACCGAACAGCAAAAAUAAAACAAAUCAAUAUUAUAAUGGAAAUUUCCGCAUAAACAAUUUGCAUAAGUGUCAAUUUUAGUGAUUUUUUCCCCAAAUGUACGCACAAAUUUCCUCGUGAAUUUAUAUCCAAAUAGAUCUCUUCUAGUUUCAAUGACCUCAAAUUAUGUGAUUAAUUGAACGGUGAAUUUAGAUAGUAAAUGUAAAUCAGAGAAAAAUAAAAAUCAAUCCCCUGAAUUCAUUACAAAAAAAUAAGACAAAAGUUAACAUAGAAAAUUUUUGUUCGAGUACAACAGUCAAACGCCUACGUACAUUGUGACAUUUUAUGUCAAAUUGAUUGAAUAAACAAUAAAAAGAAGCAUCCAUAUCUUUGUUCCAAUUAUACAUAGAUCAAUGUUUUUUUUUAAUCAAUUCCCAUUUUUUUACUCAUUGUAAAUUGUUGGUGAAAUUUAAAGCAAUCAACACGUAUUCAAAAUAGAGUGAUUGAUCAUCAUUGAUUGAAGUGCCUCCACGGAAACCUUAGCUCAAUUUAGUUAAAAUACAUCGAGCGAUACAAAGAAUCGAUAGACAUUAUAUCGUGCAUAUCAAAUAAAUUGUAAAAAGUGCUUUGAAUGUAGUAAAUUCAAAAGAGAACGAGAAAAUUUCCAGUAAAUUGCAUCAAUUUUGGUCAAAACAUACGGUCUUCAUUUGUUAGACAACGAGAAAACUACGGAUAUGUCUUUCCGUUGUGUUCCCUCAUACGACGCUAGCGCUCAAUGGGAGCGUUUGACGAGUCAUAGUGGAAUCGGUUUGUCAAGUGCCAGUCCAGUUUACAAUACUCAUACUGGCCAUGGAAACAGUGGUCGCACAGUAGCAACAAGUCAUAGCGGUGGCAAUGGAAGCAGCGGUGCACAUGCAAACACACAUGGACCAUCUCCAUCCAUCGACAUGCAUCAUCCAGCGCUUCAAUCGGAUUUUCAGCCACCAUAUUUUCCACCACCAUUCCAUCACACAACACAGAGUCCUCCGCAACAGCAAAACCAUGGAACACAUGGUAUAGAAUAUUUAGGCGCUGCUGAUCCAUAUGGCCAUGUGUAUCAGCAUUAUAAUCAGUUGACUGGAUUGCGACCGACACAAGAGCAAUUGGGGAUCCAUCGAACACACCGUGAGGCAGAGCUCCAAGGUCAUGUGACGCAGCUGUCACAUGGAUUCCCAUACACAGAUCGUCGUGGCGACUACAGUGGUUCGAUUGGUGUUGGAAAUCCAGCAAAUCGGUUACACGAACAUGAUCCGUUGGCUUUGCAUCAGGCAUUGCAAAGCGCUGUCGAUGAUGGCCAAAACACCGGAAUGGAUGAAAAUACCGGAUUUAUGUCAGACCUACCUCUUUUGAAAAAUGUUUUUACGGAUGCAAAUCGGGCGUAUCAUUCGAACAUCUGUACGAAUUCAAUGAAAAGUGGAAAAGAACCAAAUAAUCUGAGUGUUGGGUCGCCGAGCGAUGUAUUUUGUUCAGUACCUGGUCGUUUGAGCCUACUGUCGAGUACAUCCAAGUACAAAGUUACAAUAGCAGAAGUUCAGAGAAGGCUGUCUCCACCGGAAUGUUUGAAUGCAUCGCUAUUGGGUGGUGUUUUGCGACGAGCAAAAAGCAAAAACGGUGGUCGAUUGUUGCGUGAGAAGUUAGAGAAAAUUGGGUUAAAUUUACCUGCGGGACGUCGCAAAGCAGCAAAUGUGACAUUGCUUACAUCAUUAGUUGAAGGUGAAGCUAUUCAUUUGGCUCGGGACUUCGGCUAUGUGUGUGAAACCGAAUUUCCAUCAAGGCAAGUUGCAGAAUACCUACUGCGACAACAUACCGAACCACAAGAAACAUAUCGACGAAAAGAACUCCUUUUGAAUACGAAACAAGUUACAAAAGAGCUGAUGGAUUUACUGAACCAGGACAGAUCACCUCUAUGCAAUACGCGUCCACAGCACAUUUUAGAUCCAUCAAUACAACGGCAUCUUACACAUUUCUCAUUAAUAUCACAUGGAUUCGGCUCACCAGCCAUAGUUGCUGCUCUUACAGCAAUUCAGAAUUUCUUGAAUGAAUCCCUUAAAUAUUUGGAUAAAAUGUACCCAACGAAUGGCGGAGGUAUGGUUUCAUCUUCAAUCGAUAAAAACAAAAUGGACAACGACAAAAAGUGAUGAUAUUUUGAAAAUUUGUUUUUAAGAAAAGCGUUGCGAGCAGAAAGCGUGUGACAGUUUACAGAACAUACGUGAGAAGAACAGUGAAAACCAUCGAAAGACAUUUCACAAAGCGUUUUAGUACGGAUAUAUCCUCAAGUGCGACACAUACACACACACACACACACACACACAGCAGACUCUUCUCUUUUUGACCUCUUCGCAUCUUUACCUCUACGUAUUAUUAAAAGUCAUUUUAAGAUGGCUUUCAAUACACAAACAACGCUUUUUAAAAUUUGAAUAAAAUUUGUAUCUGUCAAAGCGAAGUGAAUCCUGGUAAAAAAAAAUUUUAAACAGCUAGCGAAUGUGUCCAAAAAGUAGAUAUAUGUAAGAAUUGACACUGCAGAACACGUGCGAAAAUAUCAAAUGUAUCAAUUAAGAUAAUUAAGGAAUAGUUAUGUUUCUAAUUUAAGAGUUUCCAUCUCCUACGUAAUUUUAUCAACUGAACAAUAGUGCAAUGGCAACUGCAUUUAUUCAACGCUAUGGACAUUUUAUCCACCAAAAACCAAUUCCAAUACACAUAUUCCUUCUUUUGGCAAAGCAAACACACGGUGCGGCGUUUGAUCAGACAGAUUUUUUAUAAUGCACGACGACACUAUUAGUUUUUUAGAAGAAAAAAUCUCAUCACAACCAAUGAUUUUUCCGUUAAACUGUGAACAUUGAACAUAGCUUAAAACCUACGAUAAAUUUGUUACCGCUGAUUUGCGAACAUUGUUUUGAAGUGUUUUAUUUUUUAAACUUUCAAUCGGAGAUUUUUCUUCAAACUAAUUAAUCGAAUAUUCUGGCAAUAGCAAAUGCUGAUCGGACCAGAGCCCAACAAACAUUUUGCGAAUUUUCGUUAUAACCUCAACACAUUGCGUUUAUUCACAAGAUAAUACAAGUGUCCGACCAGUUUCCGCCGGACUCCCAUUUCAGUCGGAUUGAGUUUAUUCAUACAUUUUCAUAAAUAAACGAUUUCAUUACGUAUAGUACGUAACGAUACUUAAGGCCAUCACAUUUAAAACAUAUAUGUAUUUGAAGCCAACGUUGAGAGGAAAAAAGUAAACAACUAACACUUAUUGUGAUAAUUUAAUGAUAUUUAUUUAUAAUUUAUUGAAAAGUUUUAACUUUUGAUGGCUCAAACAAAUAUGUACGAUGAUUACUUACAAUAUUCCAACUUUGUUCGUAAUUUUCAACAAAUGAUUAUCUUGAGAAACUGAAAAAUAUGAUGAAGAAAAAUGAAUGAUAUUUUGACGGAAGUUCAAUUUUUUUUCAUCGAAAUUAUGUAGGUUCAAAGUCAUGUGAUACAAUUGUGGAGCAUGUACUGUAUUUUGUGCACAUAAGAGUUUGUCAAAGGGUGAAGAAAAAUACUCCAUUUUGGCUCGAAUCCAUUUUUAACUGAUUCUGAGGCUAUCGUUGUAAAAUCAUUUGUAUUCCAGAUAUCUAAACAUUAAUACAAAUCAAGUGGACAUGCCACAUCUUGCUCUUGAUGCAACGACCGUUUUCACAUCAUUCUCACAUCUUCAGUUUAUUAAGCCAUACGAAAUAUGUGAAUCUAUGUAAGAUGGGCGAAUGACGGAAUGAUUUAGGUGUGUUUGCGCGCUAAUCUCAUGGGUGUUGAAUGUCAUUCAAUGCCACUAAGCUGUAGACAUCUCCCUCUCUCUCUCUGGCUAUACAGCAAACAACACAACCAACACUGAACAUGAAAAUGACAUGUUCAAUUGUGUUUGUUUCGUUAGUUUGAACUGUUCCGCUACGAGAGGUCACUUUUGUCGUUUUUUGUUGUUAUUUUACAUGUAAAAUCAAUGGUAUUAUACGAGGAUGGCUAAUCUCACAUCUUCCGUGCGAUAUUUAUUGAAAAUGUGAAAAUGAUAUGAAAACGGCCGUUGCAUCAAAAGAAAGAUGUAGCGCGCCCAUUUGAGAAAUGAAUUAGUGAGGGCGAAAGUCAUACAUGUUCUCACAACAUGAAUAAAUGAAACGAAACGGUAGAAAAAAAUAAUGUGAAACAUGAAGCAUUUUUCAAAGUGAAACACCUUACAUUUCAUUCCAAUGGAAUUUACUUUGAGUUUUAUUCACAUUGAAGAACAUUUGAAUUGUGGUUUCAUUCCAAUGCAUUUAGUGCUUCAUUUUGAAACACUCUUUUGAUGGUGAUUAGGAGUGUAUGAUAGUUAGUGCCUGUACAACCACCGGUGCAGAUAAUAGUUACAACAGAAUGGUGAGUGCGUGUGUAGAGCUUAUCGAUACAAUAAAUUUAGAAGGUGAAUGAAAUACAAAAUGUGGAAAAAUUCUUGAAAAUUCAAGGCAUAUCGGUGGAUAAGCAUAGGUGUUUACGAAAAUUUGGUUGUAAAUGAUAAUUCACAUUUACUGGUUAUCCCUCUAUUCAUCAACAAAUAAUCAUCAUAUUAUUACUAUAACCGAAUCAUUUUCAUCUAAUUGAAAUGAAAUAGACGGUGUAACACUUUGAAAAGACGUUUGAUAUUUCACACAAACAAAAAAAUGUACCUUCAAGAUUUAGAUUCAUAUAUUGUCAGAAUAUGUCUCCCUUUAACCCUCAUAGUUUAACCCAAUUUAAAUUAAAGUUCAUUUACUCGCCGCGUGUUUUUCAGGUAAUUUCAUUACAUAUGCAAACAAAUCGAAAUGUUAUUUGAACUGAUAAUAUGAAGGAAAAAAACACUAAGAAAUAAAUAAUUUUUAGCAUAAACUAAUUAAGUUUAAUGGCGGCACUGAGGUGUGCUGUUAAAUCAAUCGCUAGGAUGGGCAGAUGAUAUAUUAAUGAACUAAUUUUAUUUUAUUAGGGUGAAUAGUGUGCGACCUUGUAACGUGGACACAUUUGCGCCUUAAAUGGAAUUCUCGCCAGAGAAAGGAACAAAGCGUAAAAUUUAGCCAAUUAAGAUUUAAACAAAAAAAAAAUUCAAAAUUAUGUACUUAAAUCUAGUUAUAUUCUCAUUUAUGUAUAGAUUUACACUUAAAAGUCGACAAGAAAAAGUUCUGUAAAUUCAGACACAUUCACAUCCACUUAUAUACAAAUAGUUAUUACAUCAAUUAAAAGCAAUUAAGUACAGAAUACCA